AUGGAGAAGCUGGCUUUUUGCCUAGUCCAUUCGUCAAGAAAGCUACGACCUUACUUCCAAGCACAUCCCAUCCAUGUCCUAACUAAUCAGCCCUUACGACAAGUUGUCGAGUUGGGUCAGUUUGAGAUCACAUACCAUCCUAGGGCGACCAAAAAGGCGCAAGCACUUGCCGACUUCAUCGCCGAAUGCACUAGGUUGCCAGAGGAGAAUAGUGCGAGAGAAUUACCAGAAUGUGUAUGGCAUUUGUUUGUUGAUGGGUCAUCUAACGAGCACGGCUCGGGGGCAGGAAUCAUUCUUGUCACCCCGGAUGGGUAUAGAAUUCAUUCAGCCUUAAGGUUUGGGUUUGAAGCAUCCAAUAACGAGGCCUUAUUGGCUGGGCUGAGGCUAGCAAAGGAGCUUGGUGCGAAAGCAAUUCGUUGUUUUAGCGACUCCCAGCUACUGGUCAAUCAAGUAUUGGGUGAGUAUCAGGCAAGAGGAUUAAAGAUGGAGGCUUACCUUUUGCAAGUACAAAAACAACUCCAACAAUUUGAGUAUUACUCUAUAGAACAAGUACCUCGUGAACAAAACUCGAAUGCUGAUGCCUUAGCAAGGUUGGCCACCACUAAGGAAGCUGAUACACUCAACGUUGUCCCAGUAGAGUUCCUCCCUAGACCGAGUAUCAAUGUGGAGGAAAACGAAGAGGCUAACAUGGAGCUGGUCGAUACUCAAAUAACGUGGAUGACUCCACUCGUUGAUUACUUAACUACUGGGAGUCCCCUUCUCAUAAGAGUGAGGCAAGGAAGUUGCUUUGAAGAAGCACAAGGCAUAUUGAAGGAGGUCCAUGAAGGAUUUUGUGGGGACCAUACUGGAGGGGAUAGCUUAGCUAAAAAGAUAAUAAGGCAAGGAUACUACUGGCCUACUAUUAGUCAAGACUCUCUCCAGUAUGGUGGAGUUAAAUAUGCAGUAGUCGCGGUAGACUACUUCAAAAAAUGGGCUGAGGCAGAACCUUUGGCCACCAUAACUUCAAAAAAGGUGCUCGACUUCUUCGUGAAAAACAUUCUAUGUCGCUAUGGAGUUCCACAAACAAUAGUAUCAGAUAAUGGAAAACAAUUCGACAAUGAUUUAUUUUCGGAAUUUUGUAAGAAGAAUGGUAUAGUCAAGAGUUUUGCUUCAGUAGCUCACCCACAAGCAAAUGGACAAGUUGAGGUAGUAAACAAAACAUUGAAGACUACAUUAAAGAAGCGCCUAGAGGCGGCCAAAGGAAGAUGGCCGGAGGAGCUCCCACAAGUACUCUGGUCCUAUAGGACCUCACACCGAACAGCUACAGGAAAUACUCCCUACUCACUCACCUAUGGGAGUGAAGCCAUGGUCCCAGUUGAGACCCAAGUCCCCUCACACCGAAAUCAGUGCUAUGAACAACACCGUAACCACCUACUCCUGGAGGAGGCCCUAGACUUACUCGAUGAAAGAAGAGAGGAUUCACAAUUACGUAAUGCCGCUCACCAGCAGCGGGUAAAGAAGUAUUAUGACUCUCGUGUUCGGGGUAGGGAGUUUAUAAUAGGCGACUUGGUGUUAAGAAGGGUGUUCUUAGCGACGCGUGACCCAACAGCUGGGGUCCUUGGGCCCAAUUGGGAAGGACCGUAUCAGAUCGAAACUGUCUUGAGGCCUUGA